AUGCAGUCGCGACUUCUUGUCGCCAUUGCAGCACUCGUCGCAGCGUUAGCGACGCCACUCGUUGACGCUCGCUCCGCUGUCGUAGCUGCCAGCACGUCGCAGUGUUCGGCUGUUUCCACUUGUCACGAAGGUGGCGUGUCGUCGACGUCGUGCUCUGUCGCGAGCGGCGGCUGCCCUCCAUGCAUCACGUUCAGCGACCAGGGCUGCUACGUCAAGAUCAAUGGCGCGUGUCCGUUCGGUGUCGACUGCGCGUCGGCCUGGGAAGAAUCUGCGGGCGAGACGCCGCCCUCGAGCGACAGCGACAAAACGCCGUCGACCGAUGCAAACGCCGACAGUGACGCGCCGGACACGGAAACGACAGCUCCUGCGGACGAGGAAGCGGAAGAUACGGCUGAUGCUGUUGCUUCAGCAAAUGCGAAUAACGCGAAUAACGCGAACCCCACGGGGCCGUCGACGGCGACCACUGUCGAUCCGGCACCAGAGACGACGCCAGACGCGAACGGCGUUGCUGGGAACUCGUCUGCUCCCACGGAACCGCCGUCCAGCGCAUCAGGUAGUAGUGGAACGUCUGCCGAAACGCUGAGCAACUCGGGGUCGGACAUGAGCGUCGUGUUUGCCAUCAUCGGCGCGGCUAUCGGUGUCAUUGCGGUGGCUGUGAUCUUUUUGACGCUCGUGCGUCGCUCGAACGCGGCGCAUGACGAGGACGAGGACGACAUGUCCAGCACAAUGCGCGUCUUCGCAAAGGGCGCAGCGGUGCAAGGACCGCAGAGCACGAUGGGAUCAGCCGCGUACUCGAGCUACAACGGCAGCAACCGACCACAGGGUAUGGACGCGGGCAAUGGCGUGGAGGUUGGACUGGAUACGUCCAGGGGCCCGUCGAUGAAUGCAGUCAGCUAUUACAAUCAACAGCCCCUGCACAGCUCUGCAGCGCCGUCGCCUCGCGUCGCAGGGCGAGCGAUCCCGUCGCAGCCGGUGGGGCUGACUCCAGGCAAUGGUUUAACCCGCUCCUACGGCGGAGGUCAGAACUUUGGCACCGCUAGUGGAUUCGGUGCCUCUGCUGUGGCAUCUCCUGGCGUUAAUGGCGGCAAUCCGGUACCCUCGGCACCAGUGCAGCACCUUAAUCCAGCGGGCGGCGUGGCACCGCCACCACACAUUCGACGAGAUUCGGUCGAGUUUUAG